GCACUCUUCUCUGUCGUCUCUGUUUAUAACAGGAAUAGAUAAGUCUUGCCUUGUGUGGGUUCAUGACUAACAUUCCCUGUCCCAUGAUGACAUCAUCAAAUGGAGAACGUGAUUACGGAACGUAAGCGGUGAUGGAGGUGAACAUAGUCCUGUGUAUGCCGGAUAUGCAGUCCAAAGACAUGCCAAAGAAGUGCGGAGGUAUAAAAUCGAGAACAAGGUGUCACAAGCAGGUGGCGGUGUGUACCGUUGACGUCAUGAUUACAACCCGCCAUUAAACCAAAAAGAAGAAGAAGAAGAAGCAGCAGCAGCAGCAGCUCGAAAGAAACAAGUGGAUGACAUCGUGAUUGACAGCUGUCCUAACAGGCUUCACCCUCACCUGGCGAAGACGAUUAGGUGAAAGGUCACAGGCAGCGAUGAUCUCCUUAGAAGACCUUGAGGGACUGGACGAGGAGGAGCAGGACGAUGACAUCACCGACAACCCAGAACCAAUGGGUGAAGAGGACUCUGAGAGACUGCUGAGUCACUGGAGGGCGGUGGCCAGCACGCAUCAGGUGUCGGUUCCUACAGAAAUGAUGGGACCCAUACAGGAAAUGACACACAACCGCCAGCAGAGGGAGUCCGUCCCCUAUGUGGCCAUUUCCUGUCAGGAGAAGAUGGGCGAGGUGCUGUACGAGGAGAGAGCGUACCCCGCUGGGAAGUGGGCGUGUGUAACUCAGCGGGAGGAGCUUUACGAGCAGAGCAUCUCCAUGAGCUUCAUGAAGCUCAUGCGCUUCAUCUGCAAGGAGAACUCAGCAGGUCGCCAUCUUGGAAUGACGGUGCCAGUGGUCAGCACGAUCCACAUGAUGGAGGACGGGAAGACUUUCGAUAAGGACGUUCUCACCGGGUUCUACCUGCCUGCUGAGUUCCAGAACGACCCUCCUCAACCCUCGGACUCGGACAUCGUUAUUAUGCACAGAGACCCAGUCCGAGUCCUGUCCAGGACGUUCUUUGGAACAACCACAGAGGAGACGGUGACACGCCAGAUCGGACUUCUGUGGGAGAUGGUGGGCACGCCAGAAGACGUGAUGUCAGAUUACUACAUGGUGGCCGUCUAUGAGAAUCCGGGUGUUUCUCGGCGCCGCAACGAGAUCUGGUUCAUCAGACGAAACCCGUAGGAAGUUCUUGCGUUUAUCCUCUUCCCAUAUCUACGUUAACUGAAAAAUUUGUAAUCAAUGAGUUAAUCCCUGAUCACAGCCAUUGAUAAUGGAUCAAUACUUUGUGUUAGCAUGCUUAGCUAGUAGCAUUGUUGUAAACAAUCCAUCCAUGAAUUGAUGCCGUCAUGCUGGUCUGUAAAUGACAGCCACCGACUUUGAUGUUAAAACUUUUGUGGGGUUCCUUUUUGGUGGCACAACCAGAAGCAUGUCCUGAAAGUUGGAAUAUUUUUGAAAGUAACAUUUGACAAAAAAUUGUUGUUUUUGAUUGGGGUACGGCUUUUAAUGUUGAGUGUUUCCAAACUUUUUUUUUUAAGUUCUGCUUCGAUGUUUGAAAUAAAAAUGAUUAUUCUUAUUCA